AUAUUCGUGUCAGAUUCGACGAGUACACCAGUGACACUCGCUACAUAAAAGUUGGCAUAUUCCGCGAAUAUUUCUUCACAAUCACAUCGAGUGAAAAAGUGGGUUUAUUUUUAAAAGGCAGCAUAGAAAAUGGCACUCCGUGGUAUGAGCCUACCCAUGCAGCGUCAGCUGUUCCAGCAGUUGAUCAAAAAUAUGCAAAGUGGCAGCGUUGCCUCCAUUCACACAUUGGAUAAAAUUGGUAACCGGGAAAUUGUCGGAUACGGCUGGAACGGUACCGCUUCCUAUGCCGAUCGUACAGAUUUUCCAAUGCCCGCUAUUCGCUUCCGUGAGCCAACCAACGAAAUUAAGGCACUGCGUGAAAAGGAGAAGCAAGAUUGGAAGAAAUUGAGCCAUGAAGAAAUUAAGGCUCUCUAUCGUGCUAGCUUCUGUCAAACCUUCGCAGAAAUCAAAGCUCCAACUGGUGAAUGGAAAAAGCACUUAGGUGUUGGUCUCAUUUUCACCGGCCUGGCCAUAUGGAUCGCCAUUUUCAUGAACUUGUUCGUUUACGAUGAGCUGCCAAUUACCUUCGAUGAUGAGCAUAAAAAGGCACAAUUGAAACGUAUGAUUGACUUGGAAGUCAAUCCAGUCACUGGUCUGACCUCCAAAUGGGAUUACGAAAACAACAAAUGGAAAUAAAUCAAAUGAGAUUUUUCCCCUGUUUCGUGCUGCUUCUGCACCUACUUAAUAAGUCUAAAGCAAUUACACUCUACAAAAUACAACAUCAAUGUAAACCCAAUUAUGCAGGAAAAAUUAUUGUAAAAAUAAUCAUUUAAGCUUUAUAGUUGAAUGCAGUACAUUUAAAAUAAUAGUGUAAACAUUAAAAACCUGUGAAGAAAAUAACUGUUAAA